CAUCUUUUCUGGCGCCCCGGGUUUCUCUCAGCGGUGUGUGUGUGUGUAUAGAGGGGGGAGCAGCGGGAGCUUUUGGCGGCGAGUGGCUUUACCUGCGGCUUGCCUGAACCCUGUGGGGGCCACUGACGAGGAAACCGCGCGCCUAGCAACCGACGGUCAUCAAGCAGCAACACGACACGCACGGGCCCCCUUCCAAUAGCGUCAUAACUGCGCGCCGGUAUCACCGCCAUUCACUCCGCUGCCGGAAAGCAACUCAUUAAACCCCCCAUUCUCCGAGAAGACGCAGCCUCCCUCCCCCGCCCCCCAGGAUCACACGGGACCAGAAAAGUGAGGCAAAGGCUGUAUCAGACUCGAUGAAUUUCCUUCGACAUGUCGGAGAAGUCAGGCCAGAGCACAAAAGCAAAGGAUGGGAAAAAGUAUGCUACCCUCAGCCUCUUUAAUACAUAUAAGGGAAAGUCUCUAGAAACACAAAAAACUACAGUCGCUGCACGCCAUGGACUCCAAAGCUUGGGAAAGGUUGCUGUUUCUCGGCGUAUGCCACCACCUGCAAACCUGCCCAGUCUAAAAGCUGAAAAUAAAGGCAAUGACCCCAAUGUGAAUAUAGUGCCGAAGGAUGGCACAGGAUGGGCAUCUAAGCAAGAUCAAUCUGAAGAAGAGAAACCACCAGAAGUGCCACCUCCGCCACCAAAACCAGUUGUUCCACCGCCAACAGAGGUCCCUGUUGCCAAGUCAUGGGCCAGUACGAAGCCAGGUGGUCAAGCAGAUGGUAUUCCGGUAAACCGUUACUUUCAGCAAGAGUUUCCCAGUCUGCAGGCAGCUGGGGACCAGGAGAAGACUACAAAAGAGAAGGAUGCAGUGGAUGACAGCCAUGGGCCUGGACUCAGCUUGCGCCCUCAAACUGAUGUGGCCAGCUGGCGGGAAGGUGGAGGAAGAAACCUUGGUACUCCUUUGACUCCCUCUGAACAAGAGAAUGGCACUUCAGUUAUAGAAGAUGCUGAUCCGGGAAAGUCCAGUGAUAAAAGAGAAAACAGGCCAAGUCAUGGCACAGCUCCGCAGCUUAAAUUAAAUGGGCAACAGCCUGGUUUACCCCCUCAGUACAGAGGGAUAAUACCAAAUUUAGCUGGAAAUAUGUUCGCUGCCUACCCAAGACUGCCGUUUCCCCCUCUUCAGCAGCCAACCAGAUAUCCUGCCCCUGCAGAAUCCAACAGGAAUGCCAGAACAAGACCACCACAGUCAUGGGUCACUGGAGGUGUUGAACGUCCUAGUAUCAUUAGUGCUAAUGAGCUGAAAGAGCUGGACAGCUUAGACACCGAAGCAGAUGAGGGCUGGGCAGGAGCUCAAAGUGAAGUGGAUUAUACGGAACAGCUGAACUUCAGUGAUGAUGACGAACAGUCUUCCAGUCACAAAGAUAAAACUGAGAGCAGGGAUGAAAGGAUUGCCAAAACUGAGCAAAUUCAAGAAAAGACAAAUGAAGACACAGAAGGUCAAACCCACAAAGAAACAGAUGAGCGAUUGGUCACUACUUCUCCUGCAGCUUCGGGUCCAAAAGCACUACUAGGCAAAGCUCCUUCUCUUGAUACCCAGGACAGGCGUCAAAUGCCACCACCUCUCUUGGCUCUUGAUAAAGGAAUUCCACCCUUGCUGCAUACGAAAAAUGCACCUCCACAGCACUCUACUCAAGGACGCCAAGUUGCUGCAAGUAGACCGGGUGCUUUACCAUCACGCCCCAGUGAGGAUGAAGUGUGGAAGCAAAGACGUAGUAGGCAGCCAGAAGUUUCAGCUGCAGUGGAGAGAGCACGUAAGAGGCGCGAAGAAGAGGAACGCAGGAUGGAAGAGCAGAGAAAAGCUGCAUGUGCUGAGAAAUUAAAGCGCUUGGAAGAAAAGCUUGCAGCUUCAUCUGCAUCUGCUGCAUCUUCUGAGAAACCUUCAUCUGAGAAACCUCCUGAGGAGAAAGCAACUCCUGAAGAUUUACCUGCUGAAUCUAUGCCUGAAGAGGAGAAAACUCCUAGUGAGAUUGAGGAACAUAUAAAAGAAGUAGAGCCUGACAGAAUAGAGUCACCUGUACAACUAGAUGCUAAACAAGAAGAAGAAGCAGCAGCUAUUCAUAUUGAAGAACAAUUGCCUUCUCAAGACUGUGGAGGUGUCGCUGUUUUGGAAGAGAAAUCAUCAGAUAUAGAUGAAGUCCCACACUUUGACAGGCGAGAGAGCACUUCAAGUGAAACUGAGAACUCCACAGUACCAAUUCCGCUCCCUACCACUGUCUCUAUCCUUCAGCCCCCUUCAAUUCCUCCACCCACGACACCUCUCCCACCCCCCGCUUCUCCAAUACCAGCACCUGUGCUGACCCACGAGAAUGAGUCGGACCCAGGUACCCAACAGCGUCCCUCAGUAUCCUCUGGAUAUUCAAAGCAGUUCCAGAAAUCUCUGCCCCCGAGAUUUCAGAGACAACAGGAGCAGAUGAAGCAGCAGCAGUGGCAACAGCAGCAGCAAGGAGUUAUUUCUCAGAAUACUCAGUCACAGCCAUCUAGUAGUCCCGUACCACCUCCUCAACACAGGCCACUUUAUCAGCCCUUGGGACCACAUCCUCCACAUUUAACUUCUAUGGCCUUUGACCCUCGUUGGUUAAUGAUGCAACCUUACAUGGAUCCCCGUAUGAUGUCUGGACGUCCUGCAAUGGAUAUUCCUCCAAUUCACCCUGGAAUGAUAGCAACCAAGCCAAUCAUUAGACGUGAACCCACUGAGGGCCUGUCAGCUGCCUCUGAACCUUACGAGCACAUAGCUCGGCCUGUUAGAGACCAUGGUGUUCCACUCUCAGAACCCCGUAUAAUGUGGGGAGCCGAGCCUUAUCCACAUCAAGACACUCCGCAGGUUACAACAAAAGCACCAGAAGAAGCUGAAGAUUACAGAUCUGAAGGUCCUGUGGAGCAGGACGUUGUCUCUGAAACCUAUGCGAUAGAACAUAACCAAUUUGACCAACAACCCAAAACUGAAUUUUACCCCAGACCUCGAGAGACAGAACUUCAUAGUACACCAACCCGGCCACCAGAGCCUGCUCCACUAAUCCAGCCUGAAGAGCAAGAAACGGCAGUUUCUAGGUUUGAUCAGCCAGAAAAGCAUGCCUGUUUAGAAGAUAAUACAACUCAGAUUGACAUGCAACCUGUCUUGACUAGGAGUCUUUCUACCGAGUCUUCACACACCAUUAAACAGGAAGAAAGGAGAUCAGAUGCAGUGCAGUUGAACUGUAAAGUUUCUAUUAGGCCACCUGAACCAGCAAAAGAAAUAGUGGAGGAAAAAGCAAGGAAGGACAUUUUCCAGAACCCAAAGCCAUCAGAGGUCUCUAGAAUAGAUAAGCCUUUUAAAUCAAAAUCUGAAACUAGGUGGGGUCCCAGGCAUGGAUCUAGAGGCAGAGAUGAAGGCAGUGAUAGACCUGUGAGAAGGUCUGGUCCAAUUAAAAAGCCUAUUCUCAGGGAUAUGAAAGAGGAAAGGGAACUAAGGAGAGAAAAGGAAGAAGAAAGGUUUGGUCAUGAGAAGCAUAUAAAAUCAGAAAAAGUGGAAAGAAAAUCUCCUCCAAUUCUGCCUGUUCCUGGUCCUCCUGUAUUGGUCAACAAGACUGAGCAAGAUAAACUAAUUCCAGAAGCUUUGGUACCCAAAAUAUCACAAGCAACCACGUUGCAUUCAGAAAAAUCUCCUGAAAGACCUGAGCCCAUGCCACCACAACAUGUAGUCCAACCAGCUCCAGUCAAUCAACCAAGUAAAGAGGACAAGAUUAUACGAAUAGUCAACAAGGAACAUCCUUCUGACAAACCCAAGCCAGAUUUAAGGCCACCACUCUCCUCCCAGCCUCCACCAGGGACAGUACCACAUAGACGAGAGCCUUUUUUACCCCCUAGGGCUUACAGAAAAGAAGCCAGAGACAGAGACUGGUUUCCUGAUCAAGGAUAUAGAGGCAGAGGCCGUGGAGAAUAUUAUUCCAGAGGAAGAAGUUAUAGGGGUUCUUAUGGUGGACGUGGACGAGGCGGCAGAGGGCAGAGUCGGGAUUAUCCACACUAUAGAGACACCAAACCACGAACUGAGCAAGUUCCACCUGGAGCCAUGAGACGUAGGGAAGAAAGUGAAACCCGCAGUGAGAGUUCAGAUUUUGAGGUAGUACCAAAGAGGCGUAGACAACGUGGCUCUGAAACUGACUCAGAUAGUGAAGGCAGAGAGAGUGCAAGCGACACCCCUCUAUCUGACAAGGAGAGUUCCACCAGGAGUAAACCUCAUAGAGAUGAACGAGCAGAAGGAAAAAGGGCACCAAAGUCUGUUUCAGCAGUCAAGUCUGAGCCUGGGGUAUCUAGAUCUGAUGUUAAGAUUCAAGAAAGGCCAUUUUCAAGAGAUGAGGACUCCAAAACAAAGCCUGGCUUCCUUCCUAAAGGUGAACCAUCAAGAAGAGGCAGGGGUGCUGGUGGUUUCCGUCGUGGAGGUAGAGAACCUGGAAUGCGUCCAACUCGACCCCCUCCACCAAGGAGAUCUGGAUAUCGUGAUAAUCAAUGGAUUCCUAGACAACAGGAGUCUAGACCACACCUACCACCUAGAAUGGAUGAAGUGGAAAAUAGACAUAAUCAGGAUUACCAAGCUCUUCCUUCAGGAGAGAAGAGGCCUCCACUGAAAUUUGAGAGGAAGUUUGAUCCAGCUAGAGAGAGACCCAGAAGGCAAAGGCCUACUCGACCACCUAGACAAGAUAAGCCUCCUAGGUUCAGGCGUUUAAAAGAACGAGAAAGGGAGGAUGCUGGCAAGACAGAAGCUACCAGUGCCACCAAUCAAACAGUGCCUGCAUCAAAAAUAGUGCAUGAGGUUCCUUCAGAUUUUUCCGGUAAUAAAACCCCAGAUUUAUCUAAUCAUAACUCCUCGGACCAGGCCAAUGAGGAAUGGGAAACUGCCUCAGAAAGCAGUGAUUUCAACGAGAGAAGGGAAAGAGAUGAGAGGAAAGCAGCCACAUCCAUGAAUACCCAGUCUCCUGCACCAACCAAGGUAUCAGAUGGUUUGGCCCAAUCUCCACCUAAAAGAGAGAGUGCAAAAAGGAGCUUUUCCAGUCAGCGACCUGGCAUGGAUCGUCAGAACCGUCGUAAUACUGGUGCUCCCAAACCUGGUAGACAUUAUUCAGGGCCCAGAGGUGAUAGGCGAAGUGGAACUUCUUUACAGAGGGGGAAAAGAGGACAAAUUGACGACCAAACCCAAACUUCAGUACCUAUGGAUUCUAGUGUCAACAGUAAUUCUCAUCACUAUCACUACCACUCUUACCAACACUCUGAAGAUGUUGGGGGUGCAUCAGGCCAACAAAGGGGGGGAUUCAAGGAAUCAGCUGGCAGAAAGAAAGAUGACACUAAGACGGUUGUCAAGAAGACUAAAGAAAAAGUGGAUGCCUUAUCACAAUUUGACCUUAACAACUAUGCAAGUGUUGUGAUUAUUGAUGACCAUCCUGAAGUAACAACCCUUGAAGACUCACAGUCCAAUCUCAAUGAUGGUUUCACAGAAGUGGUCUCUAAAAAGCAGCAGAAGCGCCUGCAAGACGAAGUGCGCAGAAAGAAAGAAGAGCAAACGGUACAGGUCUGGAACAAAAAGGGGUCAGGUGAGAAAGGGAGAGGUCAGAAUUCCAAACUUCCUCCCAGAUUUGUGAAGAAGCAGCAGCAGCAAGCAGCAGCACUGCAAGCACAGUCCUCUGUGAUAUCUACUCCACUGAAUACUGCCCCGCCUACUGCAUCUGCACCAGCUACAAAUCAGUCUCCAUCUGUACAAUCCCAGACCUCUGCAAGCACGGCCACAAAUGGCUCAGAAUUUACUGGACCUGUCAAAGCUCCACUACCUUCACAGCCACCGAGCACUCUUGGUACAGAGUUGUGGGAAAAUAAGAUGGCUGCUACAAAUGUUCCAAAUGAUAUAUCUAAGAAAUUGGGUAUAAGUCCUCCUCAACCACCAUCCUCCAGUGCAUGGAAUAAACCUCUUACAGGAUUUGUGCCAACUACAAGUGAGUCUUCAAAGAAUGGUCAAGAUGCUACCGUAGACUUGGCUAUGGAAGCUAUACAGUUUGGAGCCCCGGUAUCAAGUAGUAGUGACAAUGAAGCUGCACCUUCUCUCUCAGAAAAAAACAUGGAUUCUUUUCCUGAACCCAAGGAACAGAGGCAGAAGCAGCCUCGUGCUGGCCCCAUUAAAACCCAAAAGAUCCCAGAUCUCAGUCUAAUUCCAAACAAAGAAUAUAAACCUGGGCCCAUUGGUAAAGAGCGAUCUUUAAAGAACCGUAAAGUAAAAGAGGUGCAGCAGGCAGAGCCAGAGAUUCAGGAGAAACAGAUUCCAGCAGCUGUACGAACUCCAGAACCUGCACCAUCAAAGGAGGUUAAAGCAGUGGCAGAGGUGAACUCUGAAAUCAGCAGCAUGCUGUCAGUCUCUGCAGCGGAGUUUGGUGCUACAACAAAGGAAUCUGUAACUGAUUAUACCAGCCCAUCCAGUGCCCUUCCAAAUGCAGCAUCUUCUGGCAGCAGUAAAAUGGAAUCUACUUUGGUUCCAAAUGUACCUUUGCCCCAUGCUCUACCCCUGCCCAGGCGGGAAACUCUUCAGCAGAGCUCAAGCCUAACUCCUGUGUCUCCUGCUACUGUUGACCUCACUCUUAAGAUGGAGUCUGCACGAAAGGCAUGGGAAAACUCUCAAAGUGUUGCUGAUAAGGGUUCCCCAAUCACCUCUUCAGCUCCUCCGAUUACGAGCACACCUGCAGUUGGGGCUCCCACCAUCUCCAGCAGUGUGGUAGGCGUGCCACCAACCAACAAUGGAAAUCCUGGACCUCCUGCUCCAAGCACUGUUACGUACAACUCUUUCUCCAACGCGUCUAUGCCCCCCAUACCUGUAGCUUCAGUUACACCAACAACUUCAUUAGCAGGUGCUGGAACUUACACCACAUCUUCCCUUAGCACCAAAACCACCACAACUUCAGAUCCUCCAAAUAUCUGCAAGGUGAAACCUCAGCAACUUCAAAGUAACAGCAGCAUGCCUUCUGCAAGCCACUUCUCUCAGCUGAGUUGUAUGCCAUCACUAAUGGCCCAGCAACAGAGUCCACAGGUGUAUGUCUCCCAGUCAGCAGGGUCUGCAGCACAGAUUCCGGCUUUCUAUAUGGACACUAGCCACCUGUUCAACACUCAGCAUGCAAGAUUAGCUGCACCAACUCUAACCCAGCAGCAGGGAUUUCAGCCAGGACUUUCUCAGAUCCCGAUCCCAAUCUAUGCGCCUCUGCAAGGACAGCAUCAAGCCCAGCUAGGUUUAGGGCAUGGGCCAACUGUCUCUCAAGCCCAAGAGUUGUUCACACCAUCUCUGCAACCAUACAGGUCCCAGCAAGCGUUUUUACAGAACAACCUUUCUCAACCUUCUAUGAUGUUGUCAGGCGCAACCCUACACAAUUUCCCUGGUGUCCAACACCAAGAUCUUGCCAAAGCUCAGUCUAGCCUAGCGUAUCAACAGACAACAAACACACAAGCAAUCCCUAUCUUGUAUGAGCACCAAUUGGGCCAGGCUGGGCUAGGAGGGUCACAGCUGAUUGAUACUCAUAUUCUACAGACACGGCAAGGGUUGGGACAGCCUUCAAAUCUUUACUCAGGGCAAGUCCAACAGCCCAGUCAAACCAGUUUCUACAACACAGCGCAGUCUCCAAAUGCACUUCAGCAGAUGACCGUACCUUUACAAGGGUCACAGUUAUCCUUGCCCAAUUUUGGUUCAGCAGCUGGGCAGCCUUUAAUUGCUCUGUCUCAAGCAAUGCCACCAGCUCCACAGGCUCAGCACCAGAAUCUGUCCAGAAGUCAAGUGAACCAGGGUUACCGAGGCCUGAUCCCUACAGGCAAUCAGCAUGGAAUGAUUCCUGGCCCUGGGAAGAUAUCAGAAAUGGACCUGAAGCCCUAUGGUAGUGGCUUGGAUCACGUGAAGCCAGGUACACCGCCUGUGGGUGGAAGAAGCACCACUCCCACUUCCAGUCCUUUCCGGGCCAGUUCAACCAGUCCAAACAGCCAGUCCAGUAAAAUGAACAGUCUGGUUUACCAAAAACACCAGUUUACGUCCGCAGCCGGUGUCCGAAUUGGGCAACCACCAUUCCCUACACAGUUCCCUCCUCAGAUUCUCUCACAGCCCAACCUUGUUCCUCCUAUGGUCCGAGCACCUCAUCCAAAUUCUUUUCAACCUCCUGUUCAGCGGCCACCCAUGGGAUUGCCCAAUCAGAUGCCCGCAGGCCUGAUGAACCAUCCUCGCCUUCACCACGUGUCUCGAGCUCCGCCUAUUGCACCUUCAGGGGUUCGUGUUACUUCGACACAUGCUGCUAUGAAGGCUGAGCAGGAUUUAAAGGCAAAACAGAGAGCAGAGGUCCUACAGUCAACACACCGUUUCUUUGAGCAGCAACAGCAUCAGCAGAGCAAACCAGUUGUAUCGAAGCCCCCGAAAGCAACCCCAGCGCCUGUUAAGCCUACAGACAGCCUGCCAGAUACCACAAUGGUCCAACAGGAGAAAGUGGAAGAUAACUCAGCACCUGCAGCCCCUAUGGCCCCAGUUGCAGUGCCGACAUCCACUAAACCUAUUAGAACUGGACCAAUUAAACCUCAGGCCAUCAAAACAGAAGAGACAAAAUCAUAGAUGCAGUUUGUAGAUGGUUAUGUUUUGAGCAUUACACUGAGGUGUAUUGAUUAUUUUCAUAUAUGCUUUUUGUUUGUUUACUGAAGACACAGCAGCUCAAAGAAGUACUGUGGGUACAGCAGACGUUUUAGUUAGCAAUCAUGUGAAGGAGAUGGUGUCUGUUCUUGCUGCCCUUUCAGCAUUUUAGAUCUGAGAGGUUGACUUAUUUUUUUUUAUUUUUUUUUUCCUUAAAAUUGUCCCUGGCUGUUUAAAGAGUUUAAAAUCCAAAUGCUUACAAAACAGCAUUUUUACAUAUAAAUAUAUAUACAUACAUAUAUACACACACACACACUACGGGACUUGUAGAUCAUUUGGAUGGGCUUUUACUUCUGUAUGGUGUUUGAAAAAAGGAAAGGAAAAAGAAGGCCCUGUUAUCACUUACCUUUUUACUUUCACUAAACACACUGUGCUAGAGUAAGCUUGAGUGAAACAUGAUAUAUGUAUACCCAAACACGCUUUAUGGUCUUGUUUAGGGUUAUGCUAUUUGAUUUUAUUUCACACCGUUAUCUGGCAUUUCUCCAUAUCUGGCCUUGCAGAAAUUUGUCUGUGGGUCUUACAUGAAGACACAGAUUUAACUGUUAUGUAAUGAAAUAAAAAGUUAAUUCUUUACAUGACACUUAUCACUUAAAAUAAAUGCCGAUAUGGAAGAUGGUUUUUGACUGAAAGCUAUCUUGUUUGACACAUUGUCAAUCACUUUUCUUUUGACUCUAGCACAGGCCAUUCUGGGUAAAAAGCAAAACACAUAUUAAGGUCCACUGUGUAGUAUUGGUGAAGUAGCUGGAUUUUUUUUAUUUUUUUUGACCCCUCCUCAACACAGCUAAGCUAGAACAAUAUAAAAUAUGUCAUUGUUGCUGCUGUCAUAAAUGUUUAACGAUAUCACUCUGUAUACUGUACCUUUAAAAUCUGACCUCCUUGCGACCACAUUUGUUUUUUUCCUGAAUCAAGUUAAAUGGCAAGGUUUUUUUUCUUUUGUUUUUUUUAAUAAAAUGAAAAUUAAAAAAAAAAAAAUCCUAAUUACUGUUCUGGACAUAAUGCAAGACUGUAUAUUAUAAAAUGUAAAUGCAGCAAUGUUGUGGUAGUUUUUUUUCUUUUUUUAAUGAAAAGAAAAUGUUUUGGAGAAGAUUGUGGUGGAUCUUUUCUAAUUAUAUAAAUGGAUUAGCCAGUUAGAGAUUAGGAAGCCACAUGUCUAAAAAUAUAUUCAUUUAUAUUUAAACAAGGAAACAUUGAGGAGCAGGGGGCCAAUCUAAAUUAUAUGGCAUCUGUUGAAGGCUGGUCACCAUUUGAAUGAGUUUUUUUUUUUGCAUUCCUUUCAUUACGUCUAAGCUUGAGUUUUAACACUAUAGGCGGCAGUGAUGUAUGAUUUGGUACGGAAAUGCUUGCGCAUCAAUAAAGUUAAAUGAAAAGUCACUGUAUGAUCAAAACAUUGUAAUUUCAAAUUAUGGUUAAAGCUUGAUCAGCACAUACAUAGCUAGUUAAAUGACUGAGGUGCUUUAAUGAAGCACUUGUAGUUAGAAUAUGCUUUCAUGUUGACUUUUCCGUUUUACGUUUUAAUUUUUUUUUAAUUUUUUUUAUGGUGAAAAAAAUAUUGGUACAGCAGAAAACAAAUUUCUCCCACUCGUAUGUUUUGGCAUUGUAUAGAAUUUACCGCCAAUCUUACACCUGCAUUUUGGGAGUUUGUUUAAACCCCUAUCUACAGAAGCUGUUAGAGAAAAGAAAAAGUACAUUGUAUUAAAUAUGUAAGCUCUUUAUUUACCUUAUCCCAGUUUGAAUACAGGAACUAAUAAAGCAUUCUCUAAAUAAA